AAGGAAAAACUGAUCUGACAAGAAAAGCUUACAAGAAAACUUCUAUAAAUAUUUUUGUUACAAAUUUAACCCACAUCAAAAAAUUCCAAUAUAUCGCAAUGUUUAAUAAAUAAAAAAGAGAAUAUGCAUUUAUAGCAAUAUUUUUAAAUUUAUUAUAGUGGUUAUUGUAAAGACGAAGGGAAUACUUUUGUAGCUCAAGGCAACAGCCUAGGGAAAGCAAAUUCUACAUUCUUUUGUAUAAGGUCAAUUUCAUACAAGUCAAUUUUUUUUGGUAGUAUAGCAAACAUAUAAAUAUAUAUAACAAAGUAACAAAAAUGCCUUCCGUACGGAAAUACCGUCGCGAAACCACUGAGAUAAGCUGUUGUUUAAAAUAUCUACUCUUCAGCAGCAACGUAGUUGUUUGGACUGCUGGAUUAUGUGUUCUGGCCGUUGGUAUUUGGGCUUGGAAUGAAAAAGAUAUGUUCAGUAAUUUGGCUAAGCUAACAUUUAUAGCCUUAGAUCCGGCCUUUGUAUUAAUUUGUACGGGCACAAUCACAUUUAUAAUUGGCUUUACUGGAAGCGUUGGAGCGCUACGAGAAAAUACCUGUCUCUUGUCACUGUACGCAGUAUUCCUGUCGUUGCUGCUGACAUUUGAAAUCAGCUUGGGCAUAUUAACUUUUGUACUAAAGGAUAAGGGUUGGAUAAAAGAUCAAGCUACCGAGGGAUUACGUGCCUUCAUAAUCCACUACCGUGAGGAUCCAGAUCAGCAAAAUCUUAUCGACUGGAUACAAGAAGAUUGGCUGCAGUGUUGUGGAAUUGAUGGCCCAAAAGAUUGGGAUAGCAAUAACUAUUUCAAUUGCUCAUCCAGCGCCAUUGGGAGUCGGGAAGCAUGUGGAGUGCCGUUUUCAUGUUGCCGUCGGCGACCAACCGAAUUAAUAAAGAAUAAGCAGUGUGGCUACGAUGUGCGCAAAGAAGGAUAUCCGGUGGAACGACACAUCUAUGAGCGCGGUUGUUUGCGAGCAGGCGAAGAUUGGCUGGAAGCACACCUGAUUAGUGUAGCGUCUUCCUGCAUUUGUAUACUUGUAGUGCAGAAUUUUGAAUUAUCGAAAAUCAUUUACGAAAAAGGCUGCGUACAAGCGGGUGAAGAGUGGAUUGAGCGUAAUUUAAUUAUAAUUUCAACCAGCGUUAUUAUACUUAUUUUCGUACAGAUACUUGGCAUUUGCUUCACACAAAAUCUACGCGCCGAUAUAAAUGCGCAAAAAUCUAAGUAUCACUGACAAAUACCUUCCGCCGCGCCAUGCAAUGGCAUACCGCCAAGGCCCACUGCCAUUUAGGUCGGCUACAAGACCCGCCGCAGCAUGUGGGUGUAGUAUGAAAGAGUGCAUAUGUGAAAAUGAACGGGUAAAGUAAUGCAAAGUAAACUAGUUAAACGGUUAAACGUAAGCUUUAAACUUCCGACUAUGCUACCAUUAUGAGUUAGAGACAUAUAUAUGUACAUAUAUACCGAACUUAGAGAAACAUAGAGACAUGCAAACACCUAUACUGAGAAAGCAACAUCAACUGAAUAGUGAUUAAGGCUUUUUAAAGUUCGAUUUGUAUGAAUUUAGUUAUAUAUUUACACUUUUUAGUUAACAAAUAUUAAAAUCUCGUACGAUACAUGCUUCCACUAAUUUUCAAGUUAAACUCAAAUUGCAGCUGUGAUAACUCUUUUGGUCAGCUUUCAAAAUACUCACCCCAACAAAACAAAACUAACUUGACUUAUAAUGAUGCAACUCAAGCUAAGCAAACAAAGGUUAUAUGCUACAUACAAAAAUAACACACCUAUGUAUAUACAUAUAUUUUUUUUUUUUUCACAACAACUUUGAUGCACUUGAAAAGUCUAUUAAGUAUAGCAAACUGUAACCUGAUAUACUGUUUUGUUGCUAUUUAAACGCAAUAAGUGAAGAUAUUACUAUUAGUCCAGAAAAAGUAUACUGCAUAAGUAAAUGUCUAUUUUAAAUACACUCGUCCUUAUGUGGUUGGAGCGCAUGCAUAUUAUUCGGGACGGAAGAAAAAAUGCGCUCACGGCCAUCUAACUAUUUAUCAGCAGAGUCAAGUAAAGACUAACUGUGUUAAUGCUCUAUUCAAUAUAAAUAAAAGGCUCAAACCAAAGUAAUUAAGCAGAUUUAGUCCUACGAUUAAAUAAACUAAUAAGUGUAACGAAAAAGUACUCGGUGAGUUUUGUUAGCUUAAACGAAACGCAAAAAUCUAGUUUUUUGUGAGACCACAAUAAGUGAGUAUAAAAUUACUUUUACACGUUAGGAAUUACACUUAAAAUGUAAACUAAAUAAAAAUAGGCGAUAUGACAUAUGCAUGUAUUAGGGUGGUGAUUAUUAAUUUUUGUUUUCAUUGUAAUGUUACUGCUGUACAUUUACAGAAAAGUAUAUACACUCGUGGCCAGGCAAACCUUACCACUAUACUUAAAUUUUUUUCGGACUUUUUCGUUCGUUCGGGAUUUUCUUCAAUUUUGUUUUUUUUUAUGUUUUUAGUAAGCAGGAGUAAACUAAAUUAUAUUAUCUAAUUAUAAUUAUAGUUUUAAAUUUAUUACGUUUAAACUUCGUGUUUCAAUUAAAAAAAAUAAAAUAAAAUAUUAAUUUCAAUUAUAGUGUAACUGAAAUUAAAUUAAAAAUAUCAUUUGUUCAUCGCAUGUCAGUCUCAUUUUGGAAAGCUCACUAUCCUUCAAUUGAUUUAUCUAUAGCUGAAUGUGUUUUGUUUUUAAUUUUUAAUAUUUUUUAUAAAUAACAUGCUAUUAACUUAUUUCUAAAUAAAAAAUUUCUAUACCGCAAAAUGUACCGUUGUAAAGUGCAGUCAAAUAUGCACAAUACUUGAAAAUUUUGAGUGGUAAGGUUUGCGUGGCCACGAGUGUACAUAUUAUAUAAUACAAAAAUAUAAACAAGGAGCUAGUAAAGCUUUUUUAGAAAUACAAAUAAAAAUAUAAAAAUCUGUUCAAUCAAAACGCAGGCUAAGAUUUUAAUCUUUUUUGGGUCUAUAACUCUUUGAAGCGAAACUUUUUCCCCAUGCCAUUAAAAAUAUAACAAAUUGCAUAAAAUUUUUAGCAUCAUUUUGCUCCACACUAAUACGUACAUAUGUCUAGGUAUGUACUUACAUUUAAAUACAAAUUAGUUAGAUAUUUGACAGACGAAUAUUGUACUGAUUUAUAUGUAUGUAUGUAUAUAAGUAAUAACAAUUAGCUAGCAUCACAUACUAUUAUUAACUAAAAGAGAUUUCUGUAUUGAAAAACUCUUAGAUAUAAACUGAACUUGCAAAGGAAUCUCAAUUUUCAACACAAAAAUUCAGAUCAGCCAUGGAAUUUUGACAAAAGUUUGUUUUUGUUUUUCAUCUCACUUUUUACGGUUUUUCAUACCAUAUCAUUUUUUAAUAUUAACGCCUGAUAUUAAUAUGAUCUAAGGCAAGGCGUACAAUUGCCUUCUUUUACUCCCCCUGUUGUCGUAUGAUGUAUUUUCACUGCCCAAAUAUAAAGAAAUUAUUAUUAUAAUAACCCUUAGUAAAAAAUCUCUUUAAUAUAAGUAUUUGCCUUUUGACAACUUUUGCGUACAAAGAAAAAAUUGAUAUUAUCUUGAAAGUAUUUAAAAAAUGUUUCUUUAUAAUUUGUUAAGGAAAAAAAAAUUAGAAAAUUCCAUUCCAAAAAAAGUAAAUCUUACAAGUAAGCUAGAAUAAUUGUCUCUCCUUCUUCUUCUUUAUUUGAUUUAUUUACUUUUUAUUUUUGAUAUUUUCAAUGUUUUACUUUGUAAUACGUAUUUAGUUUUGAGUGCAUUGUUUAUAAAUCGUUAUAUUAAAUCUAAAGCUUAUUGUUUGUGUUUAUGUAACACCAAUUAAGAUUAUUCGAUUACUAUCUGUAAGCAUUAGGCGGCUUAAAUUAAUUGCCUGCGCUUCGUCAAACCAUGGAAAGUUGCGUAUCUAGCAAACAACAGGUAAAUAACAGAAAACUAAAAUAACAUUCAUAGGUGUAUUCAACUUUAAUGAGGUAUCCACAUAUUAUAUUGAAUACAAACUAUAAAAUAUCCUUGUUACUUUAAGAUAUAAAACUUUGAAAAAAGAACAGUGGUAAGGCGUAUUUUAGGCAGUUUAUGAUAUUCAAGAUAUGUUAAACACUUUCUUUAAUGCUUCCAUUAUACUAUAAAAUAUUGAUUACAUAAAAUGUUAUGUAGGUUAUGUACACACACUUUUUUAGAUAGUUAUAAAUAUUAUAUAGUGUUACGAAACGGAUAAAUUUCUCUCGUUUGCCAAGCAUUUUCCUGUAAGCAAAUAAUCGUAAGUGUAGUAAAUACAACAAUUACAUAAAUAUUUUUAUUUGUAGAAAUAACGGAUGAAUUUUAGAAUAGCAUCCCGCGAUUACGGGAAUUAAAAGAAUGUGGGCUGAAAGAAGAGGUUUUCCAAAUUAAUAAUAUAUGCAAUAUAUAUAUAUAUGCCUUUGUAAAACGUUUAGAAGCAAUUAUUGCCCGGUUUCACAGUUCAUUGUUAAGUUAUGCCCAAAUAAAAUCUUAGCUAAGCAUUGUUGCAGACUGAGUAGUCGUUUGCGUUUCACAGUCAAUGCUUAAUUUCUAUAAAAUUUUAUUAUGAUAUAUGGCAACGUUAUGGGCAACAUAUGUUUUACAAAUGUCAUCCAUAAAAAUAUGUUUGAAAUAUUUAAAUUAUAACAGACUGUACAUAAAAAAAUGGAUGAAAACAACAAAAGAACUCCGAAUUUUACGUCUAGCGAGUCGGAGCACCUAUUGGAACAGGUGGAAAACCCAAUGCGAUUCCAUAUUUUUUCACAAAAAAUAAUUUCUUAUUUUUAUUUUCUUUUGACCAAUAACUGAAAAAUUCAAAACAAAAAUCAACUGUUACUUAAGCACUGCUUAUGUCUCUCAUUUUCAGUACUUAAACAUAACUUAAGUAUGAACAGUAAAACACUAUUUUCCUGUUUUAUCUUAAGCACAACUUAAGUAUGGACUGUGAAACCGGGCAUAAAUGUACAUACAAAAGUAAAAUAGUUUUUAUUUAAUUAGGAAACAAUUUGUUUUUAUUAAAUUUUUGUGGGAAUGCCCUGUAUUGCUAUAAAUCUUACAUGAAAUUGGUGAAUUUUUGAACUUUAAAUACAAAUAUAUUGAAAGGAAUAAGUCAGCGGCAGCUUUAUAUUCAUACAUAUUCUUAAUCUAAAGAACCUACUCUUUUAGCCUAUAUCCCUUGUAGCCCCGAGAUCGCGGCAUCAUAUUCUAAAUCCCAGCAAAAAUAUCUGAAGUUUGUUUAGGCAUGAUGCUGAAAAGCUCUUUUAAAAAUUAUUUUGAUUUUGUAUAUACUUGUAAUGUUCAUAAUUUUUUUCUUUUAAUUUAAAUAGUUUAAGUACUUAGCAAAUUUGUUGUAAGUUGUGACGCCCUUACGUUUUAUGUUGCUUAUAUGUACAAUCAUAUACAAAUGUAUACAUAUAAUAAGAACAUACAUAUAUGUACUUUACUGCAUAUGUAUAAGCACUUUACUCUAAUAAACAGAAACUAAGUAAAUGUUUAGUUAACAAAACCUUUUAAA